AUGCACCUGUCAAGAGACUUUUCCAAAAGAUCCACAUUCGACAUCAAGUCUCUCCUAUUCAAAACUAAAUUCCGAACGUUUAUACUGCUGCUGUGGUUGUUGUUCUUUCUCUAUUGUGGAUAUUAUUAUUUUUUAUUGUCAUCGAUAACAUCAUCCGAAAAGAAGAAACUGCAAAUUCACUCCGAGAAUAAUUUGGAAACGACCACGAACACACCGAAUGAACAUCAGCAACAAGUACCAAACAAAGAAGAUAAAACGAAUAAUUUAGCUAAAAUAGAUGAUCCUAAAAUACAACAGCCAAUACCACCUGAUUCAUCCAAUGUGAUUCCGAUCGUUAUUUUUACUUAUCAACGAGCUGAAUAUUUGAAAGAGUGUAUAGAAACAUUAUUCAGAUAUAUACCAAGCAAAGGCUUCCAUAUUUAUGUAUCACAAGAUGGAUUUGAUGAAAAAGUGAAAGAAACUGUUGACAGCUUUGGAGACAAAAUUAAAAAACAUUUCCAAAGAGAGAGAAAUGUCAUCAUUCCAGACAAAAUUUCAAAUAUUGUCGCCUAUUAUUCAAUUGCUCAACAUUAUAAAUUUGGAAUUGAUCACGUAUUCGCAGAAGAUGAAAAUUAUGAUCGAAUCAUAAUUUUGGAAGAGGAUUUAAGAGUUGCUCCUGAUUUCUUCGAGUAUUUUACGCACAUGUCACCGUUGUUGGAUAUGGAUACAUCUCUUUUUUGCAUUUCUGCAUGGAAUGAUAAUGGAAUGAAAGGAUUUGUAAAAGAUCCUGCUAAAUUCUACAGAAGUGAUUUCUUUCCAGGUCUCGGGUGGAUGAUUAGGCGAAAAUUGUGGCAGGACGAUUUUGGACCAAAAUGGCCUCUUGGAUUUUGGGAUGACUGGAUCAGAGAAGGUACCAUUAGAAAGGGAAGAUCUUGUAUUCGACCUGAAAUAUCUAGAACAUAUACAUUUGGAUUCAAAGGUGGAGCAAGUUCCAACCAAUUUUCCAAUUAUUUACAUGCAAUUGUUCUCAACUCUGAAUCGAUCGAUUGGAAUAAGGUCGACAUCAACUCACUUGUGAAAAGCAACUACGAUCAAGAGUUCAUUAAGGAAGUGAAAUCAUCCACUUUAAUUAAUACCAACGAGCUUGGAAUGAAAGAAAAUGAGAAGAUUAGAUUGGAAUAUACCACUAGUGAUGAGUACAUGCGCAUUGCUAGAGAGAUUGGAAUAAUGGCAGAUGUGAAAGCUGGAGUUCCUAGAGGUGCCUAUUUAGGUACUGUCACCGUAAGAUUGAGAUCAAACACUUUAUACAUCACAACUCCAUCCUUUGCACCUCAAACAUACACAAAUAUGCCACCAUACAAAAUUUAA